AUGCCGCUCAUGAAGAGGCUAACAUUCGACAUCAUCUGCCUGCUGCUCUUCGGCCUCAAGCGGAGCACCGGUGACUUCGAGCGCGUCAUGGAUGGUAUCUGGGCCGUCCCGGUGAACCUGCCGUUCACGGCUUUCAGCCGGAGCCUUAGGGCUAGCGCCAGGGCUCGCCGGUUGAUCGCCGGGAUCUUACGGGAGACCAGGGCCAAGCUAGAAAGGGGCGAGGCCUCCCGGAGUAGCGACCUCAUCGCGUGCCUGCUCAGUCUGACCGACCGCAGCGGCGCGCCGCUGCUGAGCGAGAAGGAGAUCGUGGACAACUCCGUGGUGGCCCUCAUCGCUGGCCACGACACGUCGUCCAUCCUCAUGGCGUUCAUGGUCCGCCAGCUCGCCAACGACCCGGACACCCUCGCCGCCAUGGUGACCGUCGCCACGGCUCGCGACGCAGAGCACGACAACAUCGCAAAGAGCAAGGGCCAUGGCGAGGCCCUGGACUGGGAGGACCUAGCGAAGAUGAAGCACACGUGGCGCGUCGCGCUGGAGACCCUUCGCUUGGUGCCUCCCAUGUUAAGCGACUUCCGGCGAGCGUUACUGGACGUCGAGUUCGACGGCUACCUCAUCCCAAAAGGAUGGCAGGUGUUCUGGGUGGCGAUCGUGACGCACAUGGACCCGGACAUCUUCCCCGAGCCGACCAUGGUUGACCCAUCUCGGUUCGAGAACCAGUCGGUGGCGGCGGCGCCACCGUUCUCGUUCGUCGUGUUCGGCGGGGGUCCGAGGAUCUGUGUCGGCAUGGAGUUCGCCAGGAUCGAGACGCUUGUGACGAUGCAUUACCUCGUCAGGCGAUUUAGGUGGAAGCUCUGCUGUAAGAACGACACAUUUGCCAGGGACCCCAUGCCAUUGCCGCUGCACGGACUGCCCAUAGAACUUAGCAGAAGGUAUCGCCAUGAUUGUAAGACAAAACUUGGCAGCAGAUCUGCAUAA